AGGUGUUGGUGGGAUGCAAAAACAAGACAGUGCAGGAGAAACUUAGCGGCUGUAACGGCGGCCGAGGUCAAUACCACAUUAGCAACCAUCGCUAUGGUGAGGCUAACAUUCGUAACCACAAGCAUUGCUGUAUUUGUGGCUAUUCAGACGUUUGCUUUAAUCGUCAUUUACUCCAGACAAAAGGUUCAAUUAUCGGUAUCUAAUAACCAGAAUAACAAGGUUCACAUUCUUAUUCUUUCAUCCUGGAGGUCAGGUUCUUCCUUUGUGGGGCAAGUAUUUAGUCAGCACCCUGAUGUUUUUUACUUAAUGGAACCUGCCUGGCACGUGUGGGUAAAUAUGUAUCAAAACAGUGCAAAGGUCUUGCAAAUGGCAGUUCGAGACCUUAUACGAUCUACAUUCUUGUGUGAUAUGUCAGUAUUUGAUGCCUACAUGAAAGAAAACAGACUAGUGUCUGAUUUGUUCCAAUGGGAAGUCAGCAGAGCUCUCUGCUCACCCCCUACAUGUGACUAUUAUGAAAGAACAGACCUCAGCAAUGAUGAAACUUGCAAGAAACAUUGCAACAUGUCUAAGUUUUUUAAAAUGGAAGAAGCAUGCAAAACAUAUAAUCAUAUUGUGGUCAAAGAAGUGAGAUUCUUUGAGUUAAUGUCACUGUUUCCUCUCCUUUCUGAUCCCUCACUGAACCUCAAAAUCAUCCACCUUGUUAGAGAUCCUAGGGCUGUGAUGAAGUCUCGUGGUAAAUCAUUCCAUGCAUUAAUGCGAGACAAUGGAAUUGUUAUCGGCACUCAUGGAACAUCCAUUGAAAAAGACAAAGCUGAAGCAUCAAACUAUGAAGUCAUGAAAGAAGUUUGCAGAAGUCACAUACGGAUUCAUGAGACAGCAACCAAGCAAGCUCCUGACUUUCUAAAACAACGCUACAUGAUGGUGAGGUACGAAGAUCUAGUAAGAGAUCCACUUAAUGAGAUAUCAACAAUGUAUAAAUUUGCUGGUUUAGCUUUAACUCCAAAACUUAGGUCUUGGAUAUAUAACAUCACACAUGGAGAAGGAGCUGGAUCAGCAUUCAAAAUAACAUCUCGGAAUGCUAGAAGCAUAUCACAGGCAUGGAGGACUGAGGUGCCAUUUGAAAAAGUUUUGCAAGUACAGGAUAUCUGUCAGGGAGCCAUGAAUAUUCUCGGAUAUCGAUUAGUUCAGUCUGAACGUGAACAGAAACUAUUAUCUCUGGACCUUGUCUUACCCCUGAGAGAAUACAAGUUUAGAUGGUUGAGUUCUGCUGAAGACCCAUCUUAAAUCAGGGAUGUCUUUUGGGCAUCAAAGAACUUAUAUUGUGUUUGUCUGCUGUUUUUGAUUUAAGAAAAACUUUAUCAAUCUUGUAUGAAGUGCACAAAGAUUGCUGGAUCUUUACACAAAUAUUUUUGAGCUGACAUUGCAAUAUUGUCGCUGGCUUCAAAAAUAGGCCAGAUGUUAUUUUAUUUUCUGUGAUAAACAAAAUUGGUCUCCAACUGUAGUACUACAGUUAGAAGAUAUUCACACGAAAAUAUGUAAUUAAUGCUGUAUUUAACUGUUAAUUUAGCAGUGGGAUUAUUUCAUUUUUGAGAGGACAAUGCAUCUGUGAUGAAUUCUUUUAAUAUGUUUUGGUUUAAUUUAGUGAAGACAAAAUUAUUAAUUUUAAAAUUGGGUGACUUGGGCCAGGAAGAAAAGUAGAAAGAAGGUCCCAUUGCUAUUUCAUGGAUUGUUUAGAAAAAAAACUAUGUAAAUUGCAUUUCUGGCACAAGUUCACAAGUGGAACAUUCACCAGCAUAUUUCAUGCAUAAAAUUAAUGGGCAGAAUGUUGUGAGAAAUGCACCAGUGGUUUCCCAUUGUGUACAUCCAUCUGGCAAAAGUCACUCAAUUAAUUAUAUAUUUUACUUUAAAGUUUACAUUUAGGGAGGGUUUUACUUUCAAGUAAAGUGUGUGCUGAAUCAUUCCAAGCACUACAGGGCAAUGGGCAACGGUUCAGAAAAAAAUCUUAACUUAUUAUUUGAUUAUUCUUUUUGAUGUAAUCACAGCAAAGCACCAAGCUCAAAACAAUAGGCCAUAUUUCUAGCCAGUGGAAGUUGAAUGAAAUCCCAUAUUGGCACAGCACAAUGAAAGUAAAUGUCUCUCUAUUUUUCCCAAAAAUGAGCUUUAAUCUAUUUUCAGAAGAAAAUCUCAUACCUCACCAAUGCCAUUACAGUUUAUUUCUGUUUUCCAUGCCAGUCAUCCUUGUUGACUAUCCAAAUUCAAUAGGAACAUAAAUCUUGGUAUCAUCCAAGAUUAGCUAUGUAAUUGAUGAAUUGCUUCAGAUCUAAUUGGAGCAGAUUCAUGAGACAAUUGAAUAUGUUAAGCUAUUUGAACUCAGUUGAACAGUAACUGCUUCAGAGAUAGUAGGAACUGUAGAUGCUGGAGGACCUGAGAUAACAAGGUGUAGAGCUGGAUGAGCACAGCAGGCCAACCAGCAUCAGAGGAGUGGGAAUGCUGACGUUUCGGACCUAGACCCUUCUUCAGAAAACUGCUUACUGGGUUUUCCAUUGAAGUUCACACACCUAUGAACACACCCAGUCACACACUUGCUGAAGCAUACCCACUCACAUAAUGGGCAAAUUGUUGGGUUCUUGAUUUAUGAUUGUAUUGUAGUCACUUGGCACCAGUGUUUCUACAAUGUAUGCACUCAAAAUUCAGACUGUACCAGUUCCUUUUGGCUUACGAUUCAUUACUUAUGAGUUAUUAAAAA